CUCCUGAGCACCUGGCACUAGUAGCCUUUAGAAGCUGAGAUCUAGUGAGGCCCUGGAGCUGGGGAGGGCAGGAAGUGCGGUAUCACAAAGUAAAGAGAACGUUUCUGCUUCCACCCCAUUUCUGGCUUCUUCCAGCUUUACCCCACCCUGGGGAUGCUUGGAAAAGCUGUUCUUCCUGUCUCUCUGGUUAGAGCAGGAGUUUCUGGGAUCCUCAUGGCCAGGAACUGUCAGCUGGGGCCUGAGUCACCAUAAAUGGCUGCAGCUUGGCUUCACCUCCCAGCAGUCAUUGGGAAGGGGAUAGGGUGGGAUGAAGACUCUUAGAAACAGAGCAGGAGAUGGGGAAGGUGGAACCCCUGAAGGAGGGGCAUGCUUGGUUCUAAGAGGAUGGGCCUUACUCCAGGCUGCUAUUAUUCACUAACAAGUAUAGAGAAAACUACAGAGAUGAUCCCUCUGGGUCAACAGAUUACAAGAAAGCAAACUUCCCUCCUUGAUGGACCAAGUAGAGAAAAAUGUCCCUUCUUUUCAGCCAUUGCAGCCCAGGACAUAGGUCUAUAAACCUGGGUUUCCGCCCCCUUCCCCCGCUUUGCUUUAGUACCUUCAUGCAGGGCAUAGCCAUGUGGGGUGACUCUGCUCUUAUUUGUGCUGAAGAAAGCAAGCUCAGAAAUCCACAUCCCUGAGCAGAGAAGAGAAGCCAGGCACCUUAGCUUGGCAUCAUGCCUGAUUCACCCUACAGGCAUGCAUGGGAGGAUCACAUUCCUGGGGACAGUCUGGGCAAGUGACAUGGCAGGUGACCAGAUUCCCAUGAAUGCCUGAGUUGUGCCUAUCCUAUGUGCCAAGGCUUCCCCUGGAAGCUCGAGCUCUGCACCUUUACCCUGGCGGUUGCCCUGGGUGCUGUCCUGCUCCUGCCCUUCUCCAUCAUCAGCAAUGAGGUGCUACUCUCACUGCCUCGGAACUACUACAUCCAGUGGCUCAACGGCUCCCUCAUCCAUGGCCUCUGGAACCUCGUUUUUCUCUUCUCCAACCUGUCCCUUAUCUUCCUCAUGCCCUUUGCGUACUUCUUCACUGAGUCUGAGGGCUUUGCUGGAUCCAGAAAGGGUGUCCUGGGCCGGGUCUACGAGACGGUGGUGAUGUUGAUGCUCCUCACUCUGCUGGUGCUGGGUAUGGUAUGGGUGGCAUCAGCCAUUGUGGACAACAAGGCCAGCAGGGAGUCCCUCUAUGACUUCUGGGAGUACUACCUUCCCUACCUCUACUCUUACAUCUCCUUCCUUGGGGUCCUGCUGCUCCUGGUGUGUACUCCGCUAGGUCUCGCCCGCAUGUUCUCCGUCACUGGGAAGCUGCUGGUCAAGCCCCGGCUGCUGGAAGACCUGGAGGAGCAACUGUACUGCUCUGCCUUUGAGGAAGCAGCUUUGACCCGCAGGAUUUGUAAUCCCACCUCUUGCUGGCUGCCUUUGGACAUGGAGCUGCUGCACAGACAGGUCCUGACUCUGCAGGCACAGAGAGUUCUGCUGGAGAAGCGGCGGAAGGCUUCAGCCUGGCAGCGGAACCUGGGCUACCCCCUGGCCAUGCUGUGUUUGCUGGUACUGACGGGACUAGCUGUGCUCAUUGUGGCCAUCCACAUCCUGGAGCUGCUCAUCGAUGAGGCUGCCAUGCCCCGGGGCAUGCAGGGUGCUUCCCUGGGCCAGGUCUCCUUCUCCAAGCUGGGGUCCUUUGGUGCCGUCAUUCAAGUUGUACUCAUCUUUUACCUGAUGGUAUCCUCAGUCGUGGGAUUCUACAGCUCUCCACUCUUCCGGGGCCUGCGGCCCAGAUGGCAUGACACAGCCAUGACACAGAUAAUCGGGAACUGUGUCUGUCUCCUGGUCCUAAGCUCAGCACUUCCUGUCUUCUCUCGAACUCUGGGGCUCACUCGCUUUGACCUGCUGGGUGAUUUUGGACGCUUCAACUGGCUGGGCAAUUUCUACAUCGUGUUCCUCUACAAUGCAGCAUUCACGGGCCUCACCACUCUCUGUCUGGUGAAGACCUUCACUGCAGCUGUGCGGGCAGAGCUGAUCCGGGCCUUUGGGCUAGACAGACUGCCAUUGCCUGUCGCCGGUUUCCCCCGGGCAUCUAGGAAGACCCAACACCAGUGACCUCCAGUUGGAGUUGGAAGGGAGAAAACUGGACACUGCUAUCUGCUGCCCAGGCCUGGAGGACCACCUGGGCGGGGUGAUGGACCUUAGGACCUGGAAAGGGUUGGUGGUAGAGGGGAGAUGAGCCAUCUGCGCUGUUGCAUAACCUGAGCCAGAGUUUGGGACCAGGCCCCCCCCCCCUGCUUUUCCAGAUUUAACUCUGAGACUCAGUAUGGGGUGGGACUGGGUGACUGGGUCUGCCUCCUGGUCCCAAAUCCGUUUACACAUCAAUCUGCCUCACUGCUGUUCUGGGCCAUGCCCAUAGCCAUGUUUACAUGAUUUGAUGUGCAAUAGGGUGGGGUGGGGACAGGGGAGGGACUGAAAAGGGGCAGUUGGGAGGCAGAUUGUCUCUGCCUCUGGCCCAGAAGAACCUAAGCACUGUGCUAUCCUGGAGGGGUUUUGGACCACCGGAGAGACAAGGGCAUGGGGAGGAAAGAGCCACAACCAUCAGCAAUAAAGUUGAUCCCAAGGUUUGCUUUGGUUUUUUAAA